CCCACACAGACUGAGAUAACUGAUGCACCGGCAAUGUCAAAGUUGUCACGUUAUUAAGCGACCUCGGUGAUGUAGUAAUGAUCACAUAAACCUAAUUUAAACGAGAAUAACGGAAGAUAACCUUCGUUAGAAACAUCGGUUUACAUUUUUGAAGGCCGGCUUGAUUCCUUUUUUCUUUGUAGCCUCUUGUAGGCGUCGGAACUCGACAAGAUGCGCGUCAAUAUUCAGAUGUUGAUAUCCCAUGGCCGGGUGGCCCGUAAAAUGGGUCUCGGUCCAGAGUCGCGAAUAAACAUGCUUCGGAACAUUCUUACCGGCCUCGUUCGACACGAGAGGAUAGAGACCACCCGAGGCAGAGCAGACGAAGUUCGAUUCUAUGCUGAAAAGUUGAUUGACUAUGCCAAGAAGGGAGACACUGACGAGAAAGCGAUGAAAAUGGCAAAUUUCUGGCUCACAGAAAAGGAUCUGAUCCCAAAGCUCUUCAAGGUCCUGGCUCCCAGGUUUGAGACCCAGCCCAAAGCCUACACCCGCAUGGCCCGCAUUCCCAACAGGGAGAACCUGGACAAGGCUGCUAUGGCCGUGCUGGAGUAUAAAGGCAACCCGUUCCCACCUCUCCAGACCGCCAAGCGAGACAAUGAACUCACGCUAAUCAACCAGCUCCUCAAAGGCUACAGAGAACAGCGGGCACAGCAGGCAGCAGCCAAGGUUGAGGCAUAAUGCAACCAGCCACACACUGACAUCACAUGUGUUACAGUUUUUACAUGUCUGGCUACAGUAUUAGACCCCACAAAAUAAAUGUGAUUGUUUGACAAUGGUACACAUUCUGUUUAUGGCACUAAUGUGAGUUUAACAGAUGUGUUUAAAUCAAACAGGUUUGAUAUGCUGUUAUUAUUCCCUCUACCGGUUCAGAAACAUGUCCACCAAACUGUUCAUUAUCAUCAUGGUUGAUGUCCUGUUUUUAAUCUCUCUACCGGUUCAGAAACAUGUCCCCCAAACUGUUCAUUAUCAUCAUGGUUGAUGUCCUGUUUUUAAUCUCUCUACCGGUUCAGAAACAUGUCCCCCAAACUGUUCAUUAUCAUCAUGGUUGAUGUCCUGUUUUUAAUCUCUCUACCGGUUCAGAAUAAACAGCAGACAGUGGCAAAUAGAGGCAGGAUGUUUUAUGAAAGCAACUACCUUCAGCCAGACAUAAUCACACACAUCAUGAGCUUCACCAUUCAUUCUAUUUGUUUAGAUUCAAACUGUCUUUUUAUUAAGAGCUGCUGUAGAGGUUGGUUUUUACAUACUUGCCAAAAUGACCCCAAACCUAUUGCAAUUACAUUCAAUUGGACCGGCUCUCCUUUGCCACUUGCCUGUAAGCGCCCCAAUUGUGAGGUUCCAGAAAAUAAUUGUACUGUACCAAGAUGGAGUAGAUGUUUUGGACGAAUGCCCUUGCCCUUCUACAUCACAUUACACAUUCACACUGGCCAAGGUAUGAAAGAAACAGACCAGGCCUCUAGUAAAACCAACCAUUUUAAUUUGGCAAAAAGUGUAUGUACAGCGUAUUCAGAAUAUCCUAAUUUGACACCAUUAAAAUGCAUUCAUUUCGAACAGUGCUUCAGUAAUGUGCUCUUAACCAUACCCUUCUAAAUACCCAGGAAGCUGUGCUGUUGUCUGUCAUGCAUAUAAAACCCUCACUCAUC